AUGAGCGAAGAUAUAAGAAAUAUCUUAUUAAUUGGUCGUACAGGUCAAGGUAAAUCGGCCUUAGCCAAUAUGUUAGUAAAUGAUGAGAAAAAUUUUAAACAAAAUGGAGAAUUCAAUGAAAUUUUUAAAGAAAGUGAUAAAAGUCUUAGUCAAACUAAAAAGAUUCAAGAAGACCUAAGAACAGUAUUAGUUGAAAUAGCUAAAGGAUGUAAAAAAGUUAAGAAAGGAAUAAAUCAAAUUUUAUUUGUAUGUGGAGAAAGAUUAACACCAGAAGAAAUUGUAGCUUAUGAUAUAUUGAGAAAUAUUCUUUUUGAUAAAAAAAUUGAUAAAGAUAUUACUAAGUAUACCACUAUCGUUCGAACAAAAUUUUAUAAUUUUGAAAAUGAAGAAGAAUGUGAAAGUGAUAUCCAAUUAUUGCUUGAAGAUAGUAAUGAAGCGAUUGUUGAAGUAAUUGAAUCAUGUGAUAGGAGGGUUGUUCAUUUAGAUAUUCCACCAUUAAAUAUAAAGGGGGAAGGAAAGCAAAGUCAAAUUAAUGUUAAUAAAAAGGUUCGUAAGGAAGCCAGAAAGAAGAUAUUAAAUCAUUUAGCAACUUGUCAAGAAGUUUACAGACCAGAGAGCUUAAAUAAGAUAAACAAAAGAAUUGAUGACUUAUUAAUAAAUGAAAAUGAAAAAUUGAAAAAACAACUCGAAACAUCACAAAAAAAGCUCGAAAAAUUGCAAGAACAAUUAAAUAAUGCAGAGAAAAAAGAAGAAAGAUUAUUGACAGAAGCAUCAGAAGGAUCGUUUCAAGAACAGCUAAAUAAAGCAUUGAGAAGACUAUCAUUAAAUGAAAGAAGAGAGUCAGAUGAAUUAAAAAGGAAAAUGGAUGAACUAAGAAAGGGAAUAGACGAAAUAAGAAGGAAAAUAGAAAAUAAUGAGAGAUCUAUAGAAACUGGUCUUUUUGAGGCCAUCGGUAAAGGUUUAGAUAAAUUGAUUGAGUUAUCGACAACAUUGGUAGGAAUAGCAGCAUUUGAUGUUAGUAGAUGCCAAAUUUUGUAA